AUGCGCACGGGGCCGGAGAGCUACAGCGUGGCGGUGUGCAACCGGGGACCGGGGGCCUUAGAGUUCCAUCCCAGCCGCCUGGUGCCGAAAGACGGGCCAGGCGGGCCGAAGCUGAAGCUUCUGGCGACCCUGCGCUUCGAGCAGGUGCCGAGGGCCCGCGCCUGCGACCCGGGCUUCUGGGCACUGGCUUUCGCGCAGUGGGUGCCCGGGGCCACGGAGUACCACCGCGCCGAGGUGCUUUACGACGUGCUGCUGCCUUGGCUGGCGGGUGGCCGGAUCAGUGAGUGCCUAGCAACCGAAGCGCGGUUUAGCCGGGUCUGGCGCACUCCCUGUAGGUCCAACACUGCCUGCAUGAAGAACUUGCUGGAGGCGCUGCGGCUGCUGACUCGGAGCGCUCCGUGGCGCCCGCUGCUGGCGGCGCUUCGGCGCGAGGCGCUGGUGCUGGCGGCGGAGGAGCUGGCUUUGCAGCCGCUGGCUUCGCCGCAGGCGACGGCGGCGCUGGGCGUCCUGGAGCCCUACAGCAGCAAGCUGCGGCUGGAGCAGUUGCCGGCGAAGCCGGCGCCCACCUGCAAGGUCAUUGCGCUCUUCUUCUCCGUUCCCGGCAAUGUGUCGGACGAGGUGCACAGGCGCCUGUCAAAGCUGGUCACCGACGUGUGGGACGCCCACGGUGGCGGCGCGCUGCUGGUCUGCGAGUGCCCGUUGGGCGAAGGCCCGGCACGGGAAUGGGCGGUCUGCGGCGACGCGGGGCUGGCGCGGGCCUACGGCCUGGAGGCCGCCCAGGAGCCCAAGGUGCUGCUCUUCCGCGCCGACGGCCGGAUGCUGACGGAGGAGGGCCUCCAGACGCUGGUGCGGGAUCCGACUGGCAAGGACUUCCCCUGGGACCCCGCAGGCCUGGCGGCCUCGGACGUGGCGCUGCUGCGCUUCGGCUGCCGAUCCGUGGCGCUGCGGCGCAAGGACUUCUCUCGCGCGGUCCUGUCGUUCGGAGAG